AUGGCCAGCGGCGCGCUGCCUCGGGGCGCCAAGUACAAGGAGAAGGUUGGGGCCCCAUACCGGCCGAAACGGCUCUCACGCAGACCCAGCAGGAGGACGGUAGUAGUGUACUCGCUGGUGUUCUUCCUGGUCGUGAUUUUGAUCCCAGUGCCGGGGUUUACUUCGUUCAGGGGCUCGGUCCUGGAUCUCAUCAUCCCAGGACACGCCAUACCGCAGAGAUUGACGCCGCCAAGGAGCGUCCUGAGGUACAUCGAUCCUCUAAUCGGGACGACGAACGGGGGCCAUGUGUUCCCGGGAGCGACUCUGCCAUACGGCAUGGCCAAGCCCGUGGCCGACUCCGCGAACAAGGAUGAGAACGCGGCUGGUUACGUAGAGGAUCUGAGCUUCAUCAGCGGCUUUUCGCAUCUUCACGACUCGGGCACGGGAGGGCGGCCGUCUAUGGGGCAAUUCCCCCUGUUUGUGCAUCCGGGCUGCCCAGACGACGACGUGGCGAAGUGCAAGUACAUGACGCUCACCAGGUCGGUGAUGCGAUUGCCAUACUCCGCCAAGGCGAAGCCGGGGUACUUCUCGAUUCGGCUCAAGAACUCGGUGGCGGCAGAGAUGACGGCAGCAGAGCACACAGCGCUGUACCGGUUCAGCUUCCCGGACAAGGACAGCCCGCGGGACGGCCUGGGCAACGCGGUGCCCUACAGCCCGCUGAUCCUGGUGGACCUCAACGACCUCGACAACACGCGAAGCGGCGGUGGUAUCCGCGUCGACGCCGACGGCAUGCGCAUCACGGGCGACAGCCAGUACCGGCCGUCGUUCGGCACGGGCUCGUACGACGCGUUCUUCUGCGCCGACUUCAAGGGCGGCGUCGUCCGCAAGGCCGGCACCUUCAUGCAGGACGUGCCAGACGGCGGUCGCCGUAUCCUCGAGCGCGACCCCGACGGCGACUUUAGCGUGCCUUCCGGCUCGGUCGGCGCGUGGAUCCAGUUCGAACGUCCGCCCAAGGAUGAGAUCCUCUCGCGCGUUGGGCUGAGCUUCAUCUCGCGCGAGCAGGCAUGCCGCAACGCGGAGAGGGAGAUACCGGAUUGGGAUUUUGCCGCUGUGCAGACGAGGGUGGAGGAUGCGUGGGCGGAGAAGCUGAGUGUCAUUGAGGUGGACGAGACGGACAUCGACCCCGCGCUGCUGGUAACAUUUUGGUCUGGAUUGUACAGGACGAUGCUGUCACCUCAGAACUAUACGGGGGAGAACCAGUUGUGGAAAUCGGAUGAGCCGUACUUUGACUCAUUUUACUGCAUCUGGGACUCGUUCCGCGCUCAACAUCCUUUGCUGAGCAUCAUCGACCCUGAUGCGCAGGCCCAAAUGGUCCGCACACUGCUUGAUAUUUACCGAAACCUUGGCAAGCUUCCAGAUUGCCGUAUGGCAUUCUGUAAGGGCUUCACACAAGGUGGGACUAAUGCAGAUGUUGUGAUAGCUGAUGCCUUCUUGAAGGGCAUCACCGACGGCGUAGACUGGGAAACAGCAUACGCAGCCGUGGUCUCCGACGCAGAAGAGGAGCCCACGAGCUGGAACACCGAAGGACGCGGCAAUCUCGUCAGCUACCACGAGCUUGGCUACAUCCCGUACGACGACGUCGACAACAACGGCACGGGAAGAAGCACACGCAGCAUCUCACGAACGGUCGAGUACGCAUACGACGACUUCGCCAUCGCGCUACUGGCCCAGGCGCUGGGCAAGGAAGACGACUACGAGAAGUACAUGCGCCGCAGUGCCAACUGGCGCAACCUGUGGAACGCAAACCAAGGGGACGUGGUGGUGCAGACCAACAAGAAUUUCGAGGACGAGGAGCACGUCCGGAGCGAAUGGAAGGGCUUCCUGCAGCUGCGGGCGGUGGACGGCAGCUGGAAGUACCACAGCACGCGGACGUGCAGCCCGGUGCACGAGAUGCACCGCUGCUACCUGGACACGGGCAUGGGCACGUACGAGGGCAGCCCGUGGCUGUACAGCUUCUACGUGCCGCAGGACAUGGCGUCGCUGAUCGAGGUCAUGGGCGGCAAGAAGCUCUUCGUGCAGCGCCUUGACUACUUCCACGAGUCGGGUAUCAUCUACAUGGGCAACGAGCAGUCCUUCCUGCCCGUCUUCCAGUUCCACUACGCCGGCCGGCCCGGGCUGAGCUCGUACUGGGCCCACCGCUACAUCCCCAGCCUGUUCAACACCACCUUUGCUGGCAUCCCCGGCAACGACGACUGCGCUAUGGGAGCAUUCUCUGGGCUGGCGAUGAUGGGAUUCUUCCCUGUGGCUGGGCAGGACGUGUACCUCCUGACGCCGCCAUUCUUUAGAGAGGUCAAGCUUCGGGCGAGGAACGGCCAGUGGUCUAUAAUCAGGGUGCUCAACUUUGACCCGACAUACGAGGCCAAGUACAUCCAGAGCGCGACGCUCAACGGCAAGGCGUGGACAAGGAGCUGGAUCACGCACGAGUUCUUUAUGAAGGGCGGCGUGCUGGAGUUUGUCGUUGGCCCAAGGGAGAGCAGCUGGGGCACGGCCGAUGAGGAUCUGCCGCCGAGCUGGACUGUGAAGACAAUUGCGUAA